AUGCGUGUCCUGUACAUAACGUUAAUAUCAACGACCGCUGCGCUCUUGUACAGUCAUGCCUUUGCAUUGACGACGAAGGCUAACGCCGACACGACGCAGACGACAACCGAUAUUUCGUCCGCAUUGCUCGCAGGAGUACAGGACAAAGACCUUGCCAUGCGAGCUCUAAGGACAGGUCGCUCGGGUGGUGGCAAUGUUGAGCACAAGGACCAUGACGAAGAGCGGUGGCUUAGUCGUGUUACAAAUUGGAUCAAGUACAAGAGGGGCAAGAUGAAUCCCAAGCAAUUACACACAUACUUGGGCUUAGAUGGACUGGGCCAAAGCGCUCGCGAUAGCUCGAACUUCCAGAAGUACUUGAAGAAGUCGGCCGAAUGGCGGAACAAACACUAA